AUGACUGGUACUUUUGAGAAUGAGACUACCCCUACUGACAUUUCUCUCAGAGAAUCGCCUCUGCGUGAAUUGUCUGAGUCGUCACCUAAUAAAGACGUCAUGAAAAUGAUGUUUGAGAAAAUCGCCCAUCUUCAAGAGGAAGUGGCGCGAAACAAAGCUGCUAAUGCCGCCCGAGAGGCCCCUGCUGAAGAAAGAAGGCCUCCACCGUUUUUUCCAUCUUUGAAUUCACCAUUACCCAAUCACUUCCCCACCCGGUCCGUUAUAACCACCAUGCCAUUUACCCCAAUCGAUGGGCACAUUGGUGCCUUGAACCACACCCUACCACCACUUAACACUAACCAAUUUCCUGAAACUGCUCACUCUAUCCCCUCUUACCCAACACCACAAAAUACCAAUCCCUCCAUCACUGUACAACCAAGCGUCAUUUCGCUACCAACCAACAAAAGCACCCCUAUUCCCCGAACUCGCCCUGCAGUUUCUUUCCACACACCUGUCACAACAGGCACAUUUUCGCCCGAUCAAGAAAUCGAUCACUACGAGGAGAUGGAAAAGUCAUGGAAAGCUGAGCAGAAAAAACAGGAAGAAAGGAUUGAGCAGAAAAUGACUGCAAUGUUGGAACGGUCCAUGAGAUCUACCCUCACUGGCACAGGCCUGAGUUAUGACGAUUUGUGUAUGUAUCCAAAUUUAGAUUUACCUAAGGGCUUCAAGGUGCCACGAUUUGAGGUAUUUAAUGGGACAGGCAAUCCUAAAGCGCAUCGACGGGCCUACUGUGACCAAUUGGUCGCUGUCCGAGACAACCAAGCGCUCAUUAUGAGGUUGUUCUGCUGA